AUGAUGGAAGACCAUGUUCAAGACAUUGCUAAGGAGGCGGUCAUAUAUCGGCGAAUCGGCCCCCAUGAGAGGCUUGUUAGACUAGUCAGUCAUUCAAGCGAUGGGAUUAUACUUGAGUAUAUGCCAAAUGGCGAUCUCAAGAGAUAUUUACAGUCUCAUGAGUCGAGCUCAGUUCCAACAAGUCUCAAAUUAACUUGGGCGUACCAAGUAUCGGAAGCGGUCCAGCUUCUCCAUAAUAACAACAUUCUCCACUGUGACAUAAAACCACGAAAUCUUCUUCUGGAUAACGAACUUAAUAUCAAAAUUAUCGAUUUCUCCGGCUCAUCUCUAGAUGGUUCUAAACCCACUUCAGGUGAAGGAACUCGAUUCUAUCUGCCACGCGACUGGAGAGAGCCACCGACUAUAGCAACAGAUCUUUUUGCCCUAGGCUCGACUCUCUAUGAAAUUUUCCAGGGCAAUAGUCCUUUUGAAGAUAUUCCAAGUGAUGAAGUGACAACGCGUUAUGAGGCCCAGCAAUUUCCAAGCGUUACCGAUAUUCCAUGCGGCGAAAUAAUUGAAAAGUGUUGGCGGUCAGAAAUAAAUUCUGCUCAAGAAGUACAAACUGCUAUCGGAAACCUCGUCAAUAUAUAA